GCAAAUUUCUUAUUCUAUAGGCCCACCUCCGUGUAGCAGAAAAUGCUUUAUUAUAAUAGGAGACCCCCUCCCAUGCGCCUGGAUUAGCUAGGUAGUAGGCUAUAGACCUUAUUCACUUUACUUUUCUGCCCCUUUGCAAGGACUUAAUCGCUGUUGUUCAGAGCCUAUUGUUUGCUAUACCUAUAUCGAGUGAUAUUGGAGUCUGCACCUUAACGAUAUUCCGCGCUUUCCAUCAAAAUGAGCACUACUAAUCGAGAUGGUGCAACGCAACAUGAUCCACAUAGCUCAGCUCGUCUAGAUAGAGAAAAUGAGGGACCGAUGCAGUCUUCAGACAUCACCUUGCGGUCAGAGUCCUCCUCGUCGAUCGGGGAAGACCCCGAGAAGAACGCUGGGGGUACUCAGAACGCAGAUCUGGAGAGGUUGGAGAGAUCGAUGUCAACACCACAUUCAAGGAAGGGACACGAAGAGAAGGCGCCGGAGAAGGACCCGAACCUGGUAGAAUGGGACGGCCCAGAUGAUCCAGAGAACCCCCAGAACAUGCCAAAAUGGAGAAAAUGGGUUUUGACCAUGACUCUGUCCUCCUUGACAAUGUGGAUCACUUUCGCUAGUAGUGUGUUCUCGACGGCAACCAUGGUGACAGCUAAGGAGUAUAACGUUUCAACUGAAGUUAUGACUCUAGCGACUAGUUUGGUGGUGUUUGGAUUCGCAGUUGGGCCAUUGAUGUGGUCGCCUCUCUCAGAAUUAUACGGACGCAGAAUACCAUUGUUUUCUGGCUAUGCUAUCUUCGCAAUUUUCCAAAUCCCGGUCGCAGUGGCCCAAAAUGUUCAGACAAUCAUGUUGUGCCGUUUUCUCAUGGGUGUGUUUGGUUGCUCGCCCCUGGCUGUGGUGGGUGGCGCAAUGGCCGAUUUCUGGGACCCCGUGGAUCGCGCCGUGGCUAUUGCUUGUUUCUCAGCUGCGACUUUUGUUGGACCCGUUAUCGGCCCCAUUGUGGGUGGUUUCAUUACAGAAUCGCAUCUUGGCUGGCGGUGGACAGCUUGGAUCACCUUGAUAGCCUCUGCAUCGUUCGGUACCCUUGCACUGUUAACCGUCCCCGAAACCUAUGGCCCCGUAAUUCUUCAGAAACGUGCUGCUCGCCUGCGGCGGGAGACUGGUAACUGGGCAUUGCAUUCAUUCCUGGACGAGCAUCGCCCAACGGCAUCAGAAAUCGUUACGAAAUAUCUUCUGCGCCCCCUCCAAAUGCUUUUCCUCGAACCGAUCCUGUUAGCUAUGACGAUCUACCUGGCUUUUAUCUACGGUAUCCUGUAUCUGUUCUUCGAGGCCUACCCGGUCUCCUUCGCGGAGGUUCGAGGUUGGACGAAUGGGGGUGUGGCAGGGCUACCGUUCCUUGGUAUUAUGAUUGGAGUUCUCUGCGGCGUCGCAUUGAUCAUUUGGCAGACGAAGACGCGCUUUGCGCGGAAGCUGGAGAAACAUGGCAGGGUUGUACCCGAAGAGCGCCUGGUUCCCAUGAUGAUUGCUUCUGUUCUGUUGCCAGCUGGUCUCUUCUGGUUCGGAUGGACCUCGAAUCCCAACAUCUCAUGGGUGCCCCAGGUAAUUGCAGGUGUCCCUAUCGGGAUGGGUAUCCUCGUUAUCUUCAUGCAGGGCCUUAACUAUAUCAUCGAUGUGUACAUGAUGUUUGCCAACUCAGCUAUCGCUGCCAACACCCUGGUUCGGAGUGGUUUGGGUGGUGCUUUCCCGCUCUUUGCCGUGCAGAUGUACCAUAGAUUGGGUGUGGCCUGGGCGUCCAGUCUACUUGGAUUCAUCACGGUUGCUAUGAUACCCAUUCCGGUUGUCUUUUUCUUUUACGGCGCGAAGAUUCGUGCCAUGAGCAAGUUUUCGCCAAAGUUCUAAAUCGGCCGUUGCCAGACUUGCACAAAAUCUUCUUCCCCUUUCUUGCGGGAGCAAAAUAGAGAAAAAACAAUUGCAUAUCUCAGGUUUGAUGUGCAUAUGGUUAAUUUUGAUCAUCAACUCGGCGUUAUAAGGUGGCAUAUAAACGAUAAUGUUUAUUUUACUUUUUCGAAGUGUUGGUUGUGUGCAUGCAUAGCGAGUGUACUCCCCACGAAUAUUGUUAAUGUUUACCUUUCACUUUUCAUCGCGAUAUACCGUGUACCUAGAAAAAAGGUGAUUUAGAGUCUCAAUAUCAGCCCUCAUCAUGGCACCAUCUGGUAGUGUAAAUGGUCGAGUAAUUUACUCCAUGACGUCGGACAAGAAAAGGCCGAGGUGGUUUAGC